AUGAAGAGAUCAAAUACUUCUUCGAAGUCGUCAAAAGGCCAGUCCAAUGCUAGAUAUUCAAACUUUAACGUGCCAGCAUCUUCAGGUGGUGCUUCAAGCUCUGGUAGUUUACUGUCGAAUAUUCUAAAGCUGGGUAGUUCCUCGCAGUCUUUACAGGGCAGAAUAGCUACGUCUGAUAUAUCAGCUCCUAAAAAUGUGACAUUGCCUUCGACUCUUGAUCUAUCUAAUGCAAAACCGUUGAGUAAAGCUAAUACGUUCCAUUCACAUACCUCAUCCAAUACUACAGACGAACUGAUACAUGGAUCAUCGCGCUCAGUUUCGGGGGUUUCGUCAAAUUCACCAUCCAAAUAUUUAUUUUCAAGGAGGUCUUCACAGUGGUCCAACGAUAAAAUACAGACACAUAUGCCACAGCAAUCUCUUACACGACAACCAACCAAUCAGUCCAACACGUCUGGUUCAUCGAUUACAAUGUCGAUGCUGCAUAAAGUUGCCGAUGCUGACGGUAAUCUAGUAUUAGAAAGGCCGUCUAAUCCUCAGGAGAUUGAGGACAUGUAUCAAGAGCUACUAAUCAAAAGACAUAUUCCACAAUCUAUUUCUAGCCAGGGGCAUCGGGAAUUAAUGGCAUACGAUCUGGACAAGAAGUGGUUGAUGAUCAAACAAGACUUGCAGUCCGAAUACAAAAAGAUGAAGAACAACUAUCCAACAGCCGCGUCGUGGGAGAACUCUACGCCGGGAACAUUGGUUAAGUCAUCACCGAGAGGUAGUCUGCAGUCUUCAAAUGCAUCCAUGAAUGUGUCACAAAAUAGCGGUAAAGCUUUAUCUGUAUAUGAUCCGUCAAAUCUAUCACCGGACUACUACGUUAGAAAGAUUAUAUCUGAUCGCAUUACAUCUCAAGAACUAAAUGAUCUAUGGAUUUCUUUAAGAACUGAAAGUAUUGACUGGGUUAUAGGUUUCAUUGAGGCACAAGGUCAAGUUGCGAUUUCAAAUAGAAUAAUGCAAUUUGUGCAACGAGAUUUGACGGACGUGGCAACAGACAGCAGUGCAUUUGAGAGGGAAACAGCAUAUUACAAAUGUCUUAAGGUACUUAUACAUCUACGAGAAGGGUUUCAAGAAGCUGUCAGGUCGCGACUUGUCAUUAACGCCGUUGCAGAAGGCUUGUUAUCAACGCGACUCUCGACUAGAAGGAUUGCCACGGAAACUCUUUUAUACAUGCUUUCAGACGAUGAACUAAAAACAGCACAUUCUGAACUGGAUGCCACUAUGCCUGUUCUUGCGGCCUUGGACCAAGACUCAAAGUAUAGUUCAAAUCUUCAUAUCCGGCUACGUAUUCAGGAGUUGGAGAAGCGGGGUUCUAUGCCGAAUGGUAGGGCAGACCAUCAUGCUUUUGGCAAGAAGGUAGAACAAUGGAUGUACGUCUUGGAAUAUACCUUAGAUGGUAGAGGUAAAAUGGGCUCUCUUGUUGGUGCAUCUGAUGAGUAUAAGCAUGGUGAAAACUCGGUUUUGGAAUACUUAUUAUACUCGAUGAUCCUUGUUAACCUAUUGUGUUCCUCUAAUCCUGAUGUUAGCGAGAGAAAUCUGUUAAGAUCUCGGUUGAAGAGUUGUGGUCUAUCUAGGAUUAUAAAAAAAAUGGAGCUCUUAAAGUAUCCCGCAUUGGAAAAUGAAGUUCGCAAGUUUGAGGAUGCUACCUUGGAUGACUAUGACUUAUUAAUGUCGAAGACAACUAUGGAUGCAGAGGUUGAUAUUAAUGAUCCAAAAUCGUUAUGGGAAAACUUUUGGGGGAAACAUAAAGGUACAGAAGCCGAAGUACAUCUUCUAUCCUUAAUGCAGCAUCUAUUUUUAUGGAGUAGUCGAGCGUUUUCUGAAGAUAGCGAUCCCGCAGAAGGUAACAAACAGUUGAAGUUGUUGGAUGUUUUGGUUUCUAACAUUGCCUUUUCAUCUAUUGACACUGAAUCGGGAUUUAAUGGUGCGAUACAACGACUAUACGACGCUAUGCAAACAGAUGAAGUUGCACGUCGCGCGAUUCUGGAAACAAGAGAACUGACUAAGAGAUUUGAAGAGGUAAAAGCAGAGCGUGAUCGGUUGGAAUUGAAGCUAGCAGAGGCAGAAAAUGGUCUUGUUGGUCAGCUUCAAGGUGACGUGAGCCAGCUCGAAACUCUUUUAGAAAAGCGUACGCGUGUCAUGGAUCGGAUGAAGGCUGAAUUGGAUGAAUUGAAGAAAAAGAAUCUACUGGAAAAGCAUGCGCACGAAGUUGAGUUGCGUAAAAUGCUAACACUAUUAAAUUCGAAGCCUUCGUAUGUUAGUAACGAUUCAGAUAAUAUUGAUGAGGAUAUCAAUUUACCACCAUCCUCAUCAAAGGCAGAGAAAAAAAUGGCCAUUCAAAAGGCGUUGCAAGCAAGACUAAAACAAACAGAAAGUGAUCUGACAAGAGAUUCCAAACGAUUAGGGACAGUUCCUGUGCCUAAUAGCCGAUUAAAACUUCUGCGAUCAAAAAUGGAUGAUAUAGAAAAGGAAGCUCGGCUACUUGAAAUGACAAACUUUGCAGAUGUUAACAAUCCUCAAGAACCAUCAUCUCCUCAGAAAACUCACUUAAAACGUGAAUUGGCAGAUUUAAGACGAAGACUGGUUCAAAUCCAACAAGAAAGUAAUGAUAUAUCCAGAUUUAAUAUACAGGAAACGGUUAAUGAGCUGUUUACAGAGAAAAGUUUAAAGGCAUUGGAACGCCUGCGUGAACUUGAGAAUAACUUUAAAUUUGAUUUCAAUUUCAACUUAGAUGGGCCUUCUGCGGAAUCUGGGAAUCAAACAGGCCCAGAUAAGAAUACCUCAAGCGAAGAACCCAAACAACUGAACGCAGCAGAAUUAGAUGCUAAGAUUGGACAAAUGACAGAACUGUUGCAAGGACUGUAUAAACUAAAAAGUGAGAUAUACACCGGUUGUACCGAUAUUUCUACAACUACUUCCACAGAUGAAUAUGCAACGGACAUUAACUCAGGUAUUUCGAGUACGGUGGAGAAUUCACCAAGCUCUUCCUCAAAUAGAUCACCAGGCUAUAGGGUAUUGAAGAAAGCUUCUGUCAAUUCCAAAACCUCGGAUGUUAACGAGGAUGAUGAGGACGAAGCUUACUAUGACACUUCUGUGACUACCGUGAAUAAAAGUGAACACACUACAGACACUGCACAAGGUAAUAGCUUUUUGGAUAGCCUAUCCCAAAAGUAUGGAACUGGAACUAAUAAAAACACGGGAAAUACUGUAGGUGGCGAUGGGAAAUCUGGCUUACGUGAAGGUGGUCCAAAUUAUAGAAAUGAUCUCAAUAAGAGGAUGUCAUUUAUUAAUAGAAUGAAAAGAACUGCCACGGUUGCUUCGACAACUUAUUUAGAUGAGCUAACGCAGAAGGUGGCACCUGGAAACGAAUCAGUGAGCCCUGAAAGAGAGGAUAGUCCUACCACAGAGGAAAAACGUUUAGAAACUGUUGGUGAAGGUAUAAAUUCAAAAACUAUUUCUGCUCAUGCUGAUAAUGGCGAAGCAAAUGAGAAAACUGAGAGUGCAGAGGAGCUUGUGGAAGAGUCUGAGGUUGCGGUGUCCAUCAGUGAUUCCGGAUUGAAGUCUUCCAUUAUUGAAACUGUUCCACAAGCAUCUUCUAUACCACCCCCUCCGCCUCCUCCUCCUAUGUUCUUGAAUAUAUCAAAGCCUAUGGAAGCUGAAAGUGAAAAGAAUUUGGAAGAAAAGUCUUCACAAUCCACCUCCCAGGGUCCUCCUCCUCCACCACCACCACCACCUCCUCCUCCUCCUCCUCCUUUACCUCAAAUUCUACGUAAAGCAUCCGAUUUGAGUACUGGAGAUCAACAAGAAACCCCACAAGUCAUAUCACAAACAGUAUCAUCAGGUGGAGGUCCUCCUCCUCCGCCACCUCCACCACCUCCCCCUCCACCAGGUGGUGGUAAUUAUAAGGGAACCCCAUCUCCUAUGCUGCCACAGUCGCCCUCGCUGUUUGAAAGAUAUCCAAGACCAAAGAAGAAGCUAAAGCAGCUACAUUGGGAGAAAAUUGAUGAUCCAGAUAAUUCCAUCUGGAAAAACGCAAGGGCCGAAAAAGUCGCAGACGAUCUAUAUGAAAAAGGUGUGUUGGCUGAACUUGAGAAGGCAUUUGCUGCAAGGGAGAUUAAAUCACUUAUGAAUAGAAAGAAGGACGAAAACACCAAAGUUACAUUCCUCUCUAGGGACGUGUCGCAGCAAUUCGGGAUUAAUUUACAUCUGUAUUCAUCAUUACCUCCAUCUGAUGUUAUUACGAAGAUAUUGAAGUGUGAUCGGGAAUUUUUAAACACUCAAAGUGCAGUUGAAUUCUUAUCCAAACCGGAAAUUGUACAGGUCUCGGUCAAUAUGGCCAGGAAUUUUGCACCUUAUACUACCGAUUGGGAAGGUGUAACUUCUGUAGAGAAAGCUAAAUCUCCAGAAAAGGAUCCUAACGAAUUGCAGCGUGCCGAUCAAAUAUAUUUGGGUCUAAUAGUUAAUUUACAAGGGUAUUGGGGCUCACGGAUGCGGGCCUUAAAGUUGGUAACAACAUAUGAAAAGGAUUUCAAUGAUCUUAUAUCAAAGUUACGGAGUUUGGAUGCUGCAGUUAACGCAAUUCAAAAAUCUGAAAACUUGCGUAAUGUUUUCGAUGUUAUUUUAGCGGUGGGUAAUUACAUGAACGAUACCUCUAAACAGGCUCAAGGUUUUAAACUAAGUACUCUCCAAAGAUUAACGUUCAUCAAAGACGAUAAAAAUAGCAUGACAUUUUUGAACUACGUGGAGAAAAUUAUUAGAACUAAUUACCCAAGCUAUAAUCUGUUUUUACAAGAAUUAGAGCCUGUUAUGCAUGUUGUUAAGGUCUCUAUAGAACAGCUCGCAAGUGAUUGUAGAGAGUUCAUAUCGGUUGUUAACAAUGUGGAAAGAUCACUCGAAAUUGGGAAUUUGAGCGACUCUUCCAAAUUCCACCCUGAAGACAGAAUAGUUGCGAAAGUGCUUCCAGCUCUUCCUGAUGCCAAGAAAAAGGCAUUAAUUUUAGGAGACGAAGUUCAAUUGUCUUUAAUGGAAUUUGAAACGCUGAUGAAGCGAUUUGGAGAGGACUCAGAGGACAAGUUCACUAAGAACUCGUUCUUUAAAAAGUUCGCCGAUUUUAUAACAGAAUACAAGAGGGCACAAGAGUUUAAUAAAAAAUUGGAAGAAGAGGAACUUGCAUACGAGAGACGAAAGAUAAUGAUAGAAGAACAGCAAAAGAAAGCUAGAAAUAACACAAACGGGGAUCGACAAAACAGCGCCGGUAGCACCCCCUCAAAUGUAAUGGGUGACGAUAGAGACGUAAUGGACAAGCUUCUGGAAAAGCUAAAGAAUGCACGACCUUCCAAGGUGGACCCUUCGUCCGCCAGAAAACGCGCUCUAGCGAGAAAGAAGUUGCUGGACGGAAAAAAGAGUGAUUCCGUCCUAGACGGAAUCCCAGCUGACGACUGUAACAGUAGCUUCUCGGAGGUAGGAGAUGGCACUAGCUGUCCCUCCGGUCAAACUUCAGAGCAAAUUUUCUCGGCUAACGUAUCAGUCUCCUCCGAAGGCCAGUCUGAAAAGGAACCAGCUGCUGAUACGUCCGAUAGAGCCCGUUUACUACUAUCAGAAUUAAGAAGCUCCGACAUCUCCGAUGAUAGAAAGCUAAUGCUCAAUGAGCACAAGGAGAAAAUGAGACGUCUACGUACGAGAAAACUGCAAGGAGUUGUAGACUUAAAUUCUACAUCGACCUCAGAGAUACCUGACGACAACUCAGUGGACAAUUCUGAUAAUAUGAAGAGUGAACCAGCCGCCGACGACGCUCCAGUAGACAUAUCAAAUGAGGACAAUAACGAACAACUUGUCGAAGCUAUGACAGGGUAG